AUGAUCCCUCCUUGUGACCCCUCCAUUCUUGACCAUAAUCCUCAAUUUCAACGACUGUAUGAGAACUUGACAUCUAAUCUAUUGAAUCCCGAUGGUUCAACUCGAGCUCAGGUUGACCCAGCCCGAAGGGCGAUUGAAGAGGAGCUGAAAACAUGUCAAAUGAAGACUGCUAAGAAAAGAAUCAAGGAGCGGACACUCAAACAAUUAGCUUUUGCAGCUAACAGCGAGCUUCAAGAGGAGUGCCACGAUAAUCUUGCAAUCAUAUCCAUCUAUCUCGAGACGCCUUGUGCAGCCAUUGAACCGGAGACAUGCGCGCAAUCAAACCCUAUUACAAGCCAGGAAGAUGGACCCAAACAAGACGACGCGCUCACACUCCUCUCCCAAGACUUUGAGACCUUCUACUCCUCCAUUCCGAAAUUCAUCCUCCAAUUCUCCAACAUUCUCUCCACGUCAAUACACGAUCUCCGAAGCAUAGCCUCCGUACCUACCGAUCCCCUUGCUGCUGUUGCAGAAUCGGAAGCAACAGUAUCCCGAACCCUCCCUGGCCUAACCCGCUCCACCUCAAACCAUUAUUCCAGGACUAGAGCACGAGAUCGUCGUGUUCGAACCUCGAUGGCUCCCUUGCCACCACUAGCCUCACAGCUACGAGAUCGGGUACACGUUCUCCGUCGUAUCCAGGUAUCCGACCUACCUUCUGCUCGACGCCAGAUGACUGUCACUGCAGCCGAAGUACUAGCUGUGCGAACGCAAAUUCUGGAACGUGCGGUUGAGAUAUUGGAGCGGGCGAAGCAUGGAGCGUUGGCGAGGGCGACAAGGGCCAAGGCGGAACAUUUAGCUAUUGUUUCGCAGGGUGUUGAGAGUAAACUAGAAGUUACAAAGCUUGAAAUAGCUGCUAAACUCUACACGCCUGAAACGCUCUCAGCACUCACACGGUAUAAGCAGCACCUCUCUGAGACGCGUGUUCGGCUUGAUGAACGGCGUGAAAUGGCUAUUGAGGAGUUGAAGCGAUAUGGAGGUGCCGAUGAUGGGUCUGCUGAUUCUACGGAUGUAGAACGCAAUCGUGAUGUUGAAAGUGGGACAUUGGCCGAGAUUGCGCGACGAUAUGGAGUCCUUGCCAAGGAGGUUGAGGAUGUGAAGAUGGAGAUUGCGAGAUUGGGAGAGUGA